CCGCGCCUUGAGGCGGCAGCGCCAGCAGCGGGCGGUGAUCUCUUGCAAGAUCAGCGCGUUGGUAUGCCUCCGGCGGGCACGGAGCGCCUGCUGCCAGUGCCACCGCUCGUCGACGCGCGGAGCCGGGCGGUGGGCUCCGGCGCGGCGACGUCCACUAGCGGGAGAGUGGUGGCAGUUGGCGCGGCGACCGUCGUCUCGCGGGACAUCCCGUCGUCGUGGACGCACCACCACGGCAUGGAGAUCGACGCGCUCGUUAGACUCGAGGCGGAGAGGAUGCGCGCGGCGCUGCAGGAGGCGCGGCGGAGGCACGGCCGCGCGCUGCUGGCCGCCGUGGGCCGCGCUGCGUCGGGGCGGCUGCGCGCGUCGGAGACAGGCCUGGAGCGCGCGCUCCACCGCAACGCGGAGCUCGAGGAGAAGGCCCGCCAAGCGGGCGCCGAGUGCCAGGCGUGGGUGGGCGUGGCCAGGAGCCACGAGGCCGUCGCCGCGGGCCUCCGCGCCACGCUGGACCAGCUGCGGCCCCGCGGUGCGGCCGUCUGCGUCUGCGAGGCCGAGGCCGAGGACGCGCGGUCGUGUUGCUUCGGCGAGGCGCCGGCCGCGCACGCCAACGGCGCGUCCAUGCCCAAGCUGGCGUGCAAGUCGUGUGGCAGCGGCGGAGCGUGCGUGCUGCUGCUGCCGUGCCGGCACCUGUGCCUGUGCCGCGUGUGCGACGAGGCCGGCGUGGACGCGUGCCCCGUCUGCGCGACCACCAGGAACGGCUCGCUCCACGUCCUCUUCUCCUGAACUGGAGGACUUCUUGCCAUGGCGGGAGACGAGGCUUCCCUGUUUCGCUGCCAGAGCGCGGUACAUGCGACGCGAAUGCGGCGCUUCAGCUAGUGCCACACGGCGAUGCUGGGAAGGAGAUUCUGCGGCCAAAGUGCAAUGGCACGAAAUGUCCUAGCGAAUCGUGCGAGGGUACUCUGCCGAAGUCAGCGCUCACCACUGCCUUCUUAGAUACUGAAUCAACGGCGUAAAUAUACAGUACAUGUUCAAAGCACAGUUGGUGAAGAACUGAAGAUUGGCAAGCGUUUAAUCAGGUCCUGAAUCGUUGACGGACUAUAGUUUCACUUUCACUAUGGUGGCGGUUACCGGUAAAACUCUAAUCUGAUAGCGCUGCACCGUGGCAUAUGUACCGACUACCCCGAGAAGUAGGAGGAGGUUCGUCGA